CUCGAGUGGGCCAUUAAACAAAACCCUUUACUUUAGAAAACAAGCCACAGCAAAACUCUCAUUUCCAAAACCCUAGCUCUGAAAAUCAAAAUUCUCAUCUCCAAAACAGCCAUGAGACCUCUCGACGAGAACGAAACCACCCUCGUCUUCAACAAGCUCCACAAAUUCGUCGGAAACAAUCUCAAGAACAUCGCAUUGGAUUCACAAUCCCACGAAGGGCCCGACCCGAAUCCGGGCCGGUACUGCUUCCGUCUCCAGAAGAACCGGGUCUACUAUGUAUCCGAAUCCCUGGUCAAGCGCGCCACCAACGUCAAGCGCGAGAAGCUGAUUUCUCUCGGAACCCAAAUCGGCAAGUUCACGAAAGCUGGAAAGUUUCACCUCACGGUCCAGAGCCUCAACCUCCUGGCCGCGAACGCGAAGCACAAGGUGUGGCUGAAGCCGACGUCUGAGAUGAGCUUCUUGUACGGGAACAGCGUGUUGAAAGGCGGCGUGGGUAGGAUCACUGAGAGCAUUCAGGUGAACGACGGGGUGGUUGUCUUUUCAAUGGCGGAUGUGCCACUUGGGUUCGGGGACGCCGCCAAGAGCACGGUCGAUUGCCGGAAGAUGGAUCCUAACGGAAUUGUGGUGCAUCGACAUGCAGAUAUCGGGGAGUAUUUAAGGAUGGAGGAUGAGCUCAAUCCACACUUUUAA